CUGCGUUGAUGCUUGAAUCGUGGCUGGUAUGUUUAGCUUAGCUAACAGUUAGAAUAGAAUAGCUUAGUUUUAAGGACCAAAAGAUCUCAGGAUUUCUAAUAACCAAAUAACCACUACAGAUAAAUAAUUCAUUGUUUUAGAAUAUAAAAUCUGUAUUUGAGUUUAGCCGUAGCUUUAGCAUUAGCUAACGGAGUCGCAGAACAGUUAAAACCAGCUGUGAUAUUUGCAUGAAGCUGAAGAGAGAUCUUCAUCCUGGUGUCGGGGCCUGUGAUGGUGACCUCCUCUGACUGAUUGGCUCGUCAUCAUCGUCAUCAUGAACGUCCACCAUGUCGCUCUGCUGAUCUUCUGCUGUGUGUGCGAGCUCAGCAGCGCAGUGAGGAUCGUAGCCAAUCAGACGACUGAAAACCCUGAUGACUGCAAUUUAUUAAGCUGUCCUUCACAGCCCUGUACUCGAGUUUUCUUCUCAGAGAAGGACUCCACGUGCAUUUUCCUGGACUGUGAUGAUGAUGGCAAGUCAUGUGAUGUCUUCCUAGCAGAACUGGGUACGGAACGUAAUCAGACACCCGGCACUUUCCCAGACACGUCCGCUCGUCCGUCCUUCAUUCUCUCCUCUGCUCCUAUUUCCGGAGGAGGAAAAAUUCAGAAGGAAGGACCAAAUCGGAAAAACACAUCAGAUCCACUCCAGCCCCCUUCACCAUCUCCAAAAAGCACCGCUUCUCCACCACCAACUGCCCCUCCUGCGUCCACGACUACCACUGCUGCCACUUUAUCUUUAUCUGCCCCUGUAGCUCAUCCUGAAGUAAAACAGCAUUUGGGCAAUAGUACCACUCCAGACCCCAGAUUUAGCAGCAACACCAGCAGCUCCUCUCAGGAAGGAGACCAGGGGCAAGUUCAAAACAAGACAGAGCAAAAUGGAGUCCUGGGGCAAGCUCUGAGCAACACCUCCAAGGCUGAAGCCCUGAAGCCUGUUGUGAUGAGUUCCACCCAGAAUGGGCCCCCGGGGCAAGUCCAAAACAUGACCACGCAAAAUGGACACCAGGGACAACCAUCAGUGGAGCCUCCUACCCCUACACCAACCUCACCACCAGUUCCUGUGGCCUCUAAGGGGGCAGGAAACAUUUCAUCAUCCAUGCCCAAGGAGCAAAAUGGAACUCGAAUGAACAAAACUGGCCAAACAACAACAACAACAACCACCACCACCACCACCUCAGACACACCAGCACUUCCCACUAACUCCACCACAGCAAACGCCACCACCUUAACCUCGAUGACCGUCACCCCGACCUCUAGCACCACCAGUAAAGUUACCUCACUUCCUUCCACCACCCAAACACAACCAACCUCUACACCACUACCCACGCCUCCUCCGCCCCCUCCUUCCUCCCGCUCUCCAGCCUCUUCGCCCUCUGUCACUCCUUCCACACCUCCACCUGGAAAAAAUCCUUCCCCAACGUCCUCCAGAGCCCCGGACGUUACCUCUGAUCAGAACAAAGCCAUAGAGGAGACAGCAGGAGGAGAGCUGACCAGUCACUUUGUCAACACGAACUCUCUGAUCGCUGUGCUGAUCUUCGGCCUGCUGUUCCUCAUCGUCACGGUUAUCCUCUUCCUCAGACACGCCUACGAGAGCUAUAAGAGGAGGGGCUACACACAGAUGGACUAUCUCAUCAAUGGCAUGUACUCCGACUCAGGGCUCUGACUCUUCUGUUUACAUUUCGAUAAGAAAAGUUCUUCUUUUCCACUCAGUGUCAUUUGGAGAGUAUUUGUUGUCAGUUUUAAUGGAAUUUUCUGGAGGACUGAAGAAGACUAGAGUCUUUAAAUAAACAAAAAAAAAAGACCAGUAUAAAAAUUGACUCAAAAUUGGACCAAAAAAUGAUGUGUGGGUGGGGAAAAAAGGAAAAGAUGGGGCAAAAUAAAAGCAGAGUAAAAUGAAAAUGACGUGACUCAAUGAGAUGGAAUAAAAGAGGAAGUGAAAAUGAUGGGAAAUAAAAACCUGGGUGAACUUUCUAUAGUUCUGAUGAACAGUUUUCUCUCUUCUUCAGUCCUCCAAAUUCACUGAGAGGAAAAAGUGUCGCAGUAAAUCCUGGACCAUUUCACUGAAUGUUUUUCUUUUUCUUUUCUUUCCUCUAUGCAGAUGAGGUUUGAUGUUGAAACUCAUCUUUAAUCUUCUGAAUUAAUGCCAUGUAAAGGACCUGAUGGUGCAAUAUCCAUGAUUUAUUCCUCUUUUUUUUGUUGUUGUCUUCCAGUAAACUUCAGUGUAUAACGAGCAACUAACGGUCAGGUUGCACUAGUUGCCUUUUGUGACGUUUAUUAGAGAGGGUUAUUAAUCGAUGCCUUUAUUUUACUAUUUUUUUCUGCUCUUCGGAUCUGGAUCGAUGCCAAAACACAGCCACUUGAGGCACGAAAGCACAUUAAUGAGAAGCCAAGGGAAGUGUAGAGCCAUCACCAACUUCACCACCGGAUUUCUGUCCAGGGAAGUCGGACUGUUAUUAUUAUUAUUAUUAUUACUACAUUUAGUUUAUUUUUUACUGUCGAGGGUUGAACCGGACCGAGCGCAGGAUGCAGGUGAUGUUUGUGCCAAUAUAAAAGUCCUAUGUAAUAAUGCACUUUGGAAAAAGAAUGAUUUGUUUACUUUACAGAAAAUCUAAUUAAUAAACACAGAACAAACAAACGGUGUGUGUGUUUUCAUCUUUCCGGAUCAAAUAAAAUGAAUGCUUAUCUAAAAUUUGAAAUCUUUACAA